AUGAAUCCUAGUGGAAGUAUUAAAGAUCGUGUAGCCAAGUCAUUGAUUCUACAUGCUGAAGAAAAGAAUCUACUGAAACCUGGAGGAACUAUCAUUGAAGCUACUGGAGGCAGUACAGGAGUCUCCCUUGCAAUGCUGGGUGCUUCUCGAGGUUACAAGACAGUGUUGACAAUGCCGGAUAUUACUGCAAAGGAAAAGGUGCAGAUGAUGAAAACCAUGGGAGCUGAAGUACAUAUUUUACCUACCACGUUCAUGUCGGACAAGAAGAAUCACUUUUUUCAUGUUGCUCGACGACUUGCAGAGACGACUCGGAACUCGUACUGUCCUAAUCAAUUUGAUAAUCUUGCAAACAUGCGGGCUCAUUAUGAGGGCACGGCACCGGAGAUCUGGCAACAGGUUUCUGGAGAGAUUCAUGGAUUUGUCACAUCGGCUGGAACGUCAGGAACAAUUGCUGGGAUGUCACGAUUCUUCAAGGAGCACAAGCCUGAUGUGAAGGUUUGGCUUAUUGACCCAGAAGAAACUGCAGCCAUGUCUGCGUUUAUCAAUAACAAUAGAUUAACGAGUACGAUCAAGGAUGGUUUUGAGAUUGUGCCGAUGGCAAGCGGCUGGACUAUCGCCGAAGGUGUUGCAGCACUCUCGCGCGUGACGGAAAACUUGCGCAAGUCAAUUGUCGACCAAGCUAUUACUGCUACAAACCAAGAAAUCGUCGAUAUGGCCUAUUUUCUGCUGCGUAAUGAUGGUAUCUUUGUGGGGCCUAGCAGUGCGCUUAAUGUGUUGGGAGCGGUCAAAAUGGCGCGCGAGCUUGGACCAGGCCACACCAUUGUAACUAUCCUGGCCGAUGGCGGUAUUCGCUACGGUAGCAAAUUGUACAACGAGGAAUGGCUCGAGGAACACAACCUGGUGCCGCAUGAAGCUGCUACGAACAAGAAGAUAGCGUCGCUCGAUUUUGUGCACGAACAUAACUUUCUGACUACGGUUUGA